CUUCGCCAUUUUGUGAAUAAACCCCUGUCAGUCGGGGGAUAAGGGCGUGAGAACGCCGUUUUACGAGAUAGUUAAGAAAUAACAUUUCCUGAGAAGACCACAGUUUGAUUCCACCAUGCCUCUUGCUCAACUAGCGGACCCAUGGAAGCCCAUGGACGUUUCUAAUGAUGAGGGAUCUCUGGAGGAUAUGCUUGUCGACGAUCAGUAUGAUGCUGACAAUGACAAGGAGAUCGAGAUUGGCAAUGAGUCGAUUGGGAAAGAUGGGGAACGUGUUGACCCCUCAAACUUUGAACUCCUCAAGGUCCUUGGACAGGGAUCAUUCGGAAAGGUUUUCCUGGUCCGCAAGAUCACUGGGAAGGACGCUGGCACGCUGUUUGCUAUGAAGGUGCUCAAGAAAGCCACACUCAAAGUGCGGGACAGGCAGAGAACAAAGAUGGAGAGAGAUAUUUUGGCAGAUGUUAAUCACCCAUACAUUGUUCGACUUCAUUAUGCAUUUCAAACAGAAGGCAAGCUGUACCUGAUCCUGGAGUUUCUACGAGGUGGGGAUCUCUUCACCAGGCUCUCUAAAGAGGUUAUGUUCACGGAAGAGGAUGUUAAGUUCUACUUGGCCGAGCUAGCCCUGGCCCUCGACCACCUGCAUAAGGUUGGCAUCGUCUACCGCGACCUCAAACCAGAGAACAUCCUGUUGGAUUCCGAUGGUCACAUUAAGUUGACAGACUUUGGUCUGAGCAAGGAGUCCCUGUUUGAGGACAAGAAGACAUAUUCGUUCUGUGGGACUGUGGAAUACAUGGCCCCAGAGGUUGUGAACAGAAAGGGCCAUGGCACAGCAGCUGACUGGUGGUCAUAUGGGGUGCUUAUGUUUGAGAUGUUGACGGGAGCUUUACCAUUCCAAGGCCUAAACAGAAAAGAAACCAUGACACAGAUUCUCAAAGCCAAGUUAGGAAUGCCUGGAUUCCUUUCACCUGAUGCACAGAGUUUGUUGAGGGCGCUCUUCAAAAGAAACCCACAAAACAGAUUAGGUUCCAGUAGUAUCGGCAUUGAAGAGUUGAAGCGGCACGCGUUCUUCUCCACAAUAGACUGGGAGAGGUUGAUAUUACGGGAGGUGAACCCACCGUUCAAACCUGCCGUUGUGCAGACUGAUGACGCUUUCUACUUUGAUCCAGAGUUUACAUCAAAAACACCUAAAGAUUCUCCAGGUAUUCCCCCCAGUGCCACAGCCCAUGAGCUAUUCCGUGGGUUCAGCUUUGUCGCCCCGGCCCUCCUAGAUGAUGUCAUGCAGACUUCCAACCCACUAGAAACCCAAGUCAGCCUCGCUAAGCUUCCUGGGGUUAAAACUUCUCAAUUUAUUGACGAGUAUGAAUUAAAGGAGGAUAUUGGCAUUGGUUCGUAUUCUGUGUGUAAGAGAUGUGUACAUCGGGUCUCUGGGAACAGCUUUGCAGUGAAGAUAAUGGAUAAGGAAAAGGUGGACCCAUCUGAGGAGGUUGAGAUCUUACUGAGGUUCGGCCACCACCCCAAUAUAAUCACUCUCAGAGAUGUGUUUGACAAUGGUAGCAAGGUGUACAUGGUGACAGAGUGGCUACAGGGGAAGGAACUCUUGGACAAGAUUUUACUGCAGCGUUUCUUCUCCGAGCGUGAGGCAAGCUCGGUCCUACAGGUUGUCACAAAAACCGUCGAGUACCUUCAUCAGAAUGGGGUUGUGCACAGGGAUCUCAAGCCAUCGAACAUUCUCUACGCAGACACGAGUGGUAACCCUGAGAGUCUGCGUAUUUGUGACUUUGGAUUUGCCAAACAGCUGCGGGCAGAUAACGGCCUGCUCAUGACUCCAUGCUACACUGCAAACUUUGUAGCACCAGAGGUGUUGAAGCGGCAGGGAUAUGACGCUGCCUGUGAUAUCUGGAGCCUGGGGGUGCUGCUCUACACCAUGCUGGCAGGGCACACACCAUUUGCGAAUGGACCAAAUGACACGCCUAAUGACAUUCUGGGUCGAAUCGGGGAGGGCAAGUUCACCCUUAGUGGCGGAAAUUGGGACUCAGUCUCUCCUGCUGCAAAGGAUCUGGUGAACAAGAUGUUGCACAUUGACCCCCACAAGCGCCUGAGAGCGGGGGAGGUCCUAAAGCACCCCUGGAUUGCCAAGCGAGACCAGUUGCCUCACAUGAGGCUCACUCUGCAGGAUGCAAACGCUGUCAAGGGAGCAAUGGCAGCUACAUUCAAAGCAUUAAAUUCCCAGCCAAAAGUCGCCGCCCUUGAGCCAGUAGGAGCGUCAUUCCUAGCCCAGCGGCGUGGGAAAGCCCGCCCCAAGAGUUCAACAGCUGUAUGAUAUGCCCAGGGCAUCCCAUCUCUCACCUGAACAGCAGUUGCAGCAUCUUUGAUCUACCCAUGCAUAUAUAGUUAAAAGUUGGACCUAUAGUCACCUGUACAACAAUGGUUGAUCAUGUUGCUUUGCGGUCAUGUGACAGUUAGAUGACCCACACGUCAGUAUGUUGUAUAGUUUUGUAUUUCAGUGGAUGUACAAAAUUGGCGUUAGCAGUAAUGUUGGUUAAGAUAUCAGGCUUUUUUGUAAGGUUACAUGUUCAGUGGUUGCAAAUAAUACAGGAUCUAUUUCAUUAUCAGAUAUACUUUGAUUUAAUUGAAAUACAUUGUUUGUUACUUGUACUAUUAUCUAGCACCAUGUUGCUAGUGAUUAAUGAAAUACAUGUUUUGAUUGUUGAAAUGUAAUAUAAAACUACUAAUUUUGUAGACUAGAUACACUGAACACAUUCAGUGUACAUUCUUUUGUUACAUUUGUUAUUUUGUUAAACAUAAAUGUCAGUUAGUGCUUAUUUUUUCUUAUAUAAUUAUAUAUCUUCUUGUAUCUUGCUAUCUUUGUUUUUGGCAUAAUAUUAAAUAUCUUUUUUGUACUUAAUUGAGUGACUGAUCUUACACUGUGAGAUUGAUCGUUUUGUACUGUUUGUAUGGUACAUACACUGAUGGUUGUAAAUCAUGACAGUUGUUGCCAUUGAAUGGUUAGUCAAAAGAUUUGUAAAAUGGGAAACUAUCACUUUCAAAAUAUGAGGGCUUGGGGCAAGAUGGAUGUAAUUGCUUAUAAAAAUGAGUAAAAUUAGCGCCUUCUUGCACUAAGCUCUCAGAAUACACUGAGACAUGUACUUUUAGGGCAGUUAUAGUUAAAUUGUUUUCAUUUUUUUAGAUAAAAUAUAAUUGCGCUUCAAGUGUUAUGCUUUCAUUCCAAGAUUUUAUGCAUUUAGAUAACAUAUUAUAAAUUGUUCAUAUAAAGGUUUUGGUAAAUCUUAAGCUACGUGUGAGAUUGAUUUCUUCAUAAAGAACUAGAUAUAACAAUUUAUAGUUAGAUAUAACAGUUUAUAAUUACAGUGAACAUGUAUGUGUCUGUUGUUAUGACAUUUUGAUAUUCAUCUGAAUCAAAAACAGUCUGUCAAGCAAUGUAUAUUCAAGAUUGUGUAUGUACCAUUAUUUUGCUUCCAACAUAUGCUAUAUUUUAUGUAGUUCACACAUAUCAAAAUCAUUGAACAUUUAAUCAUUUUGUCUCGUUGACCUUAAUGUGAGGAGGACGUUAUCGACCUUUCGCCCUUGUGACUUGUAAGCGCAUCAUAGAUCAUGUAUUGAUACGUUUUUGUGUGUUAUAUAUUUAAUAGGACUCCACAUACCUACCGUAUGUUAGACAAAUAUUUUACAAUUGUUUCAAACGGUUCUCCUAGUUGACCAAUACAUGUAUAUUAUUCUGGGGUUUGGGGCAUUAAACUAUAUAGAAAAAUCUAGGCAUGCUUUUCGGUAAAUAAAACAGAAUUGAAAUUAAUGUUAGGGGAAAGAAAGAAGUUGUUUACCCGACUGUCAGAUUUUUAUGUACAUGGUAUUACCAAAUUUUCAUCAUUGCACAAUACAUGACAUUGCAAUAAAACAGGUCUAAAAUGACAUACAACGUUGGUAGCAUUACCAUGCAUUUUUUUCUUAAGAGUAAUCUGUUAUGAUCAAACCUGUAAAGCAGCUGUUGAAGUAGGUUUCCAUAUCAGAAUGCCGGUGAAGGCACACUGUGGAAACAAAAGUAAUCACUAUGUGAACAGAUUUUUGGCAUGUUUUCAAAGUUUAAAUAUUGUGACCAUUCUGGAUACUUCAUGGUUGUUGUUGUUGGAGAGUCUGUUUUGUUUGAAUGUUAUACAUGAACAUCCGGCGUAUACAUGUUAACUUAUAUACUAGUAAACAGCUUUACAUCAAGCUUUACAAGAAUUAAACAUAUGUAUGUAUAUUAUUGCAAAUAGAUAUUUUUCUUUCCAAUCAAUAUGAAUGUAUUCUUUACUUUGCAAAGAAAUUAAUCUGCAUUUAAAAAGUGCAUUUCCUUCUUGCAUGAUUAAUUCUGCAAUUCUUACUUUAAUUAAACCUAUGUCCGUAAAUGUAUUGUGUUAAAUGUUAUUCCGUAUAAAGAUUACUAAUUGCAAAUGAAGAUAUUUGUGCACAUUUUAUGAUUAUAUAUUUAAUGAUAAGAAGUUAGCAGUAUACUAUUACACGCAAGAAUCUCACUUUAAAAUCAGUCCAUAAUUACGGUGCAGAGCUUUAAGUGUGUAAUCAGAUAGAGGACCAUUCAUUGUUGACCUGCGCAGGUAUCACUUGUAACUGCAUGUGUAUCUUGUGCGUGAAGUGGCUGGGCAACUUUCCUUCUCUUCCCCACCCCCCGGGAGCAGGAAACAGAACAAUAUUAUUGUUGAUUUAAGAAAGGGGGAGUUAUAUUGUAUAUUCUAUCUUUGGACCAAUGAUUUCUGGUGCAAAUUAUUUUUUUGUUCAAAUUUAAACUUUUCUAUUUAUCAAAAAAUAGAUUGAUAAGAUUGAUAUUAGCUUGAAAGGGAAAUGUGCCCAGCCAGAUAAAUGAAGGAUGAAGUCAGUAACCUAAUGAUUUUAUAUGUUGAUCAUGUUGGAUCUCAGACGCUCACUACAUGGGCUGAAUUACUUUAUAUUGAAAUGCUUGAUCUACCACACAAGAUUAUACAUACUCUUAACAAUCCCAUACUUUGUUUACAAGAAUUGUAUAUACCUGGUAUUCAGGAUAACUAGGGGACAUACAUGCACGUUUUACUGAUUUUAAUCUGUAACUUAUAUAUUUAUAUUUGCCUAGAUUGACUUAAAUUAAUUAUAAGUCAGAAUCAUUUAUUCCACAAGAAGACUAUUUAUUCAAUGUUGUCAAAUAAGGCUAUCAAGUAUAGGAUAAAUAUUGAGGAGAUGUAGCCACAUGUAUAACACAGUUCACUAGAGUGGAGAGAUUGACAUUGUCUGUAUAUUUUGUUGUGAUUGUUAUAUUUGUCACACAAAUAGUCCACUUACACUAAAUACUUACCUGGGCCCAUGUUCAUUAACAUCUUUGUCUCUAGGACCACAUACCUUGAGUCUCAGUUAAAAUCUCUAGGACCACAUACCUUGAGUCUCAGUUGGUGACUAAAGGACCACAUACCUUGAGUCUCAGUUGGUGACUAAAGGACCACAUACCUUGAGUCUCAGUUGGUGACUAAAGGACCACAUACUUGAGUCUCAGUUGGUGACUAAAGGACCACAUACUUGAGUCUCAGUUGGUGACUAAAGGACCACAUACCUUGAGUCUAAGUUGGUGACUAAAGGUCCACAUACCUUGAGUCUCAGUUAAAUACUCUAGGACCAUAUACCUUGAGUCGCAGUUGGAGACUCUAUGACCACAUACUUUGAGACCCAGUUGGAGACUUUAGGACCAUAUACCUUGAGUCUCAGUUAGAGAAUCAGGGCCCUUUUUCACUAAGACUACAAUACUGAGCCCUUUUUCAGUAGACUCAAAACUUAAUUCAUGAUGAAAAUUGCUGUAUAUCUUAAACAUAACUAGUGUUAUUAUUUUCUGAUCACUUUUUCUCCACAGGAAAGAUUUUGACGACAGUUUAAAACAAUAAUCUCGGUUCUUAAUUGCGUCUCAACAUCAGACACAAGACGUUAGAAAAUACGGUGUUAGUGAACAUGGUCCCUGUAAAAGUGAAUGAUUCAUUCAAACAUUGCAAUGGUUACCUCAGUUACCUGAGACAGUAAGAGUACAUGAUAACAUUUGCCUGUUUCAUAGAAUAUUUGAGAAGUACUUGUACUUGUUUAUGUUCAUAAAUAACUAGCUAAUAUUCUAUUUUACCAACGCCCAUAAUCCAGGAUAUAUGAUCAAUGUGUACAUGUAUGAAACAGACCAUUAAAUAUCAUUACUUGUAUUUGGCAUAUAUGUUUAGAUCACUUGAGUCCAGGGAAAGUCAAAUUCACUAGAAGGUUUAUGUAAAAAGGUAGGUAGUAAAUUUCCCUUUGCAAUAGCUCACUUUCCAUUUGGCAUCUGAAAACCUGCAGGACAUGGUGCACAGUUCUGUUGUAUGAACUCUGUAUUGAAGUGUGUUCAGAUAAGUGCAUGCAUGUUACAGUAAAGUCACUAAAAUGAAAGACUGCUUAAAAUCUUGUAUCUAAGAUCAAAAUUGAGUCUACUGUAGCCUUUUUCUUCAGGAAAUGUACUGAGCACUCUAUGUUCUCCUGGUUUUGAGAACGCCUGCACACUUUCCCUCUUGUUGUAUUAAUUUGUUAGAAACUGUAUCUAUUUGUAGUUGCAAAUUGUGCUCACAUAAAAAGUGCUGUUUAUUUCCUAUUAUUAAAUGAAUAAAUUAUAUAUACAGUUUUCUAUA